AUGGAUGAAGCUUUGGAAACUCCAACUAUUGAUGAUGAAAUGGAACAACGAUUAGAACGUUGGUUAGUCAAAUUUAAUAAUAAUUUACAGUUCAUAUUUUAUGUAGCUGAAGUUGAUCAUGGUUAUUUAGUUGGCUGGUGUCGUGGUGGACAAGCAAUUGAAUCUCAUAAAAUAGUUGAUCAUGAAACGUAUGAUUGUGAAAUACAUAAUAUAUUUCUUUGUAAACAAUAUCAACAUCGUGGUAUUGGUUAUGAAUUAUGGAAAAUUGUAUGGAAUGAUAUUCUUGUAUCGUUUCAGCCAAAGAAUUUCAUUGUUUGGUCAGUCGAUAAACAGCAAACACAUCAAUUUUAUUCAUCACUUGGAGGCGUACCGAAAGAAAAGAGAAAAUUUGAUGAAGAGUGUACUUUAACGGCAUUCGUUUGGCAUGAUCUGAGAUUUUUAUCAGUAAACAUGGUAUGGAACAAUAUUGGAGAUAGUAUUGAUGUUACACAAGUAUCAAAAUCGAUUGUUGACGAUCUUAAUCUUGUUUCAGAAAGAUUUAUCAUCUAUCUUCCACUUAUCUUUCUUAUCUUUGGCUUUAUUGGAUUCAUUGGAAAUAUUUUUACUUAUCUUCAAGCUGAACUUCGUUCCAAUACUUGUUGUAUUUAUUCACUUUGUGGUUCAAUCAUUGAUAUUAUGAAUCUUUCUCUCAAUUCAUUUCCAAUGUAUCUCGCUGCCAAAUAUAAAAUUUAUAUACCAUGGUAUACAUCACGUAUAACAUGUAAACUUGAUGUUUUUCUUCUUGUAUUUCUUCCUCAUUUAUCAAUUCAUUUUUCGGUUAUGGCUAUUAUUGAUCGAUUUGCUUGUACUUGUAAACUUACAUCACCAGUACGUCGACUCAAUCAACUGAAAAUGGUACCAUGGAUAAUCACAAUUAUAAUUAUUUCAAGUUGUCUUGCUUCGAUUUAUUCACCAAUUCUCUAUUAUCUUGUGAAUAAAUACUCGUGUAUAUCUACAGAACCACAAUUGAAUAGUAUAUUGUAUAUUACACUCAGUGGUGUCAUGCAACCAGUAAUAAUGUUAAUAUUUGUUUUACUUACUUAUCAAAAUGUACAUCAAUGUCAUCGACGAGUAACUAUAAGAGAAGUUAUAAACAAUGGUCAAUUCUUUUUUUUUGUCUUCUCUCUAACGAACAAUUGUUGUUAUAUAAAUAAUGUUAAAUCAUUUUAUCUUUCACUAUUAACAUCUCAUUUAUUUCGUAAAACACUUAUAAAAGGUUUAAUUGAAAUAUUACCUCGACAUUUACGUUCACAAUAUCAAGUAUCACAAAUUCAACCUUCGAUGGCUACUAUUACUAGAAUAAGACCACGUGAUAUAUCCAAACGUUGA